UCGUGCAAAUGUAAAGUGUAUCUCUACCCACGAGUGCAAAAUUUGAACAAAGCGCGAUAUAAUGUGCAUGAAUGAAUUCUGGCUCGUCUGUCGGCGAUGUCAAAAAAAACAGUAGACCAUAACUGAAAAGUUGAAGAGUCGAAAGAUCUAUAUAUAUAUAUACAUACACGGGUAUACAUGCGUAUUUAUCGCGAAGAAGCGACGCUUGCUUCUCGCAGAUAACAAGUGCUUACGCGCAUAAUCUCCAAGCUGUGGUAAAUUUCAAAGCGACGAAGAAAGACAGGAGAGGGAAAAAUUAUCGCUUCGAAUUCUUCUUUCUGUUUUCUGUCUUUUACAAAAAUGUAAACUUUCGGUAAACUUUUCGCGACAAAUACAACUCCGAUUCGCGAUCGACGAUAUUCGGCGACCCGUACCACGUUGUUGGUGCAAUUCUCCAAAAAUUCAUGACACUCGCGACGAAGUGGGAAACGUGAUAUAGUUUACACGUUCGUGUAAAAAUAUCGACGAUAGCGAUAGCAAAGGUGGAAAUUUGAGGAAAAACAACGAGUUAAUCGGUAGUAGAAGGUAGGGGCUACGUUAAUCGCAACAAAAGGGACGAACGAAAGGGGGGAAUGAUUCAGAAGACGACGACGCGAACGAACGUGAAUCGUUUCUAACAUUUUACAGCGUUGUCGCGGUGUUACCAUGAAAACGCGUUUGCAUCGUGUUUACUCUCGAGAUCGCAACUGUUGCACGUACAAUACACGUACGAUAUGCGUUCUAUUUCACAACCUUGUAUUUCAACGCACUUGCUUUCGUCUCGUUUGUCAAAGUUGAAACAGAUCGUCGUGUUCUCUUUCUUAGUUUGAAUCGUAAUCGUAGUCGUAAUCGCAAUCGAAAUGUUAUCGUACGCUACUGUAUUACGUAUCGCGUUUAAAUCUCGAUAGCUUAUUAUCGAGAACGUUUCACUCUCGCUGCUAACACAUCGAUGCGGUUAAUCCACUUUUGUUCUGAUAAUGUGUCUCUCGAUGUGUGUAACAAAGAUAAGCUACUGCAUUCCUGUAUAUCUACGGGAUCAGUGAAAUUUACACAGACACACAGUACGGAAUAAAAUUAAGCACGUCAACGUUCGUCAACAUCUCUCUCUCUCUCUAUUUUCGAAAUUUCGGAAUAGUCGAAAUCUGCUGUUUUCUCUUUCGACUGUUACUCCAUUUGAGAAACAGACGGGUGGUCACAGACGAGGCGCGUCGACGGUCACCAACAACGAACAAACAAGCAUGGAAAUGGAAAAAAGUAAACAACAGACUGAUCCGUGGGAAAAGAAGAAACAUGUAUUCCUUGGGUGACACGAGUCAUGCACGGGCGCGAUCGAUCUUGUCCUUCGAUCUUUCAAUCAACAGGAUAUAUUGCGUUUUCGCAGAGUACACGCAGAGUACAUCGUGCAAGUUACGUAAAGAGUAUCGUCGAAGGGAACAUUUUUGUCACCAACUGCGCGGUAACUGCAAAAAUUAUAGUCACGCGGCAGACAAACGUCCCUGCAAGUUCAACUGCAGCGAUCGGAGCGAUCGGUGUUCUCCAAUAAUCUUCCUAAAUGUUUCCUACAUUUAAGAAGAUAGAUGGAACAACUACCGUUUCCGACGCAAAUGCAAUCGCGAUUAGCAAGGAAUAAUUUCCGAAUAGUCGUGGUAUAUCUUUUGUCUCGUCGGAGACCUUUUGUCUCUCGCUUCAUCGUCGGAAGAAAUCCGUCGCGCGACACGAGUUCUCCUUGCAUUCAUUCGGACGUUCGUCGCAGUCUAAAUUUGUCCGAAUUCGUCAUUCGUCAGUUGUCAUCGGUUUCGUCUCGAUCGCUUUACCGUACCCGGUAAGAGGUACCAUCGAAGAAGAAAAAGAAGAAAACGAAGAAGAAGCAGAAGAAAGAAGAGAAGCGUCGCGGAAGAGAAGCGCCACCACCGAUCAUCUUAUAUACGAGCAAGUGUUACGAGCGUAAGUAAAGUUACGAUUAUUUACCGUCACGAUCGCUACGUGAUAUAUAUACAACGCGUUCGAUACAUCGUUGUCGUUCGAACAACGAUCGAUCGUCGAAUCGAACUCUCGUCGACGAACGUCCGACGAUCGAAGAAAAAUCCUUCCUUCCAGGAUGAAUAUUCGAUGGAAAAGGGAAACGAAAAAAUAAUCGCAUCGUCGAUAAAACACGUUUAGUCGAUGACACUUAAAAUCGUGUAUCGGAUAUCUAGAUCGUCGGAAUCGUCAUCGAGGGAGAAGAAAGGUACGACUUUCGAAGGUCGCGAAAUCAGAAUGCGAGGAGAGUUAUCGGGCGAUAAUGUUGUCGGGUUGUCGUUUGCUCGACCGCCUAACGACGAUCUGUUUUUAGUGCGGUGGUAGUAAGAAUCGCGACAACAAUUCGCCGAACGGUCGUUUCGUCGUCGUCAAUCGCCAAGUAACAGAGAGGAAAUUUAGAGAAGGGACGAACGCGUCUCGACGAAACUCGACGAAUUUUCGCAUUUCGUUCGACUCUCUGUCAGAAGAAAUCUCGACGAGUUUUCACAGUUGCUGACAACACGCUGCGUCGCCACCUCGCAUCGAAGGUUCGGUCGCAAGAGAAUGUCGAAGAAGCAAUGGUUGGCCCUGUUGAUGCUGUUCUUGACUUACUUGUUGCUGGGUGCUUCCAUCUUCUACCAUAUCGAGAGUCCCCUAGAGAUCGAGCGCGCCAGAGAAGCCAAACGCGAACGCAUCGAGAUCAACGCUUUGCUUCAUGCGCACUACGUGCCCAACUUGAAACACGAUCACGAUGAAAUUCUCAGGAAACUGACGCGAUAUUGCGGAAAAUCGGUUUACAAUUAUACCGAAGGAGAGACGGAUCGCCUGAAUUGGGAUUUUUACAACAGCUUUUAUUUCGCUUACACCGUCGUCAGCACGAUAGGUUACGGGAAUUUGGCUCCGACGAACAUGCUCGGUCGCAUCCUGAUGAUAUUUUACGGCCUGAUAGGAAUUCCUAUGAAUGGAAUUCUAUUAACGCAGCUGGGAGAAUUUUUUGGCCACGUAUUCGUGAAAGCUCAUCGGAAGUACAAGUCGUACAAACACGGCCACAGCGAGCAGUAUUACGCCAGAAAAUUGACGACGUUCGAAACGGGAAAAGUUGGAUUAGCCGCGCAGAUAUUCGCCCAUUUGAUACCAGGUUUCGUCAUGUUCGUUUUUUUCCCAGCGUUUCUCUUUUCCUACUACGAAGAUUGGACUUACGACGAAGCCGUCUACUAUGCUUUCGUCACGUUGACGACCAUUGGCUUCGGAGAUUACGUGGCAGGACAGGACAACAGCAAGGGUAGCGGAUUUUUCUUCACGUCGUACAAGACCUUCCUGAUCUGUUGGAUUUCCUUCGGACUGGGCUACACCGUUAUGAUCAUGACGUUCAUCGCGCGCGGUAUGCGCAGUAAGAAGAUCGCUCGAAUCGAGCACAAACUGGCGGCGAAUUUAAAACACACGCAAAGUAAAAUUUGGAACGAGUUCAACAAAGAGGUAGACUACUUGCGUCGUGUUUUCAACGAGUUACAGCUAUCCAAGGUCAAGAGAGUGUACAUCGACGAGUGUAACUGCGAGAUUCCACCUUUGAAAUUCCCACGCAGCAACAGCUUUCCCGAUCUUCGAGAUUUGCUCUACUGUUCGAGAGAGAAGGACAAACUGUGCGGCAGACCUCGACGUCGUGCCAACAGCGAAGUGGUGCCGACAGGAGAUGAAAUAACGCGAGUCGUUUCCGAGACCGAUCUGCAAAGAAUCGACAAAACAGCAACGUUCGCGACGCACGCGAUGGUUCAGCCGGCGGAGCUGUUGGCGAGAUUGGUCGACAUUCUUGGUUACAUACCGCCAGUCGCGGAAGAUGGGACUGGAGCCGAUAAUUCGAAUCAGACUACGUUCGUCAACAACCAAGAUAUCGGAUAUCGCGGUGGUGACAACAAACUCGAAGAGAACAGCAGCAAAGAAUACUCGCGAAAAGAGUCGUACACCGGAUCGGGAGUUCGAACGAUCGGUCGUGAAGGAACAACACCAGCGUUCAGAGGCUUUGGCAAACCUCGUUCAAGAGCGACCAGCGAGAUCAAACUGUACGAAACGAGGAACGAAGAUCGAAACGUCGAACGAACUUGGUCCGGUCCGACAGCGGCUGAAAGAGUCGGAGAACUAACGAAAUCACGAACAAGCGAAUCGUCCGACAGACGAGAACAACACGGCGAGAAAGAAGGAAAAUUUUCAAAGCUUCGUAAAUUCGCGCUAACACGAUCCAUUUCCAAAGCUGCGGUCUCGUCCGCUCCUCGGAGAGGUCGUUUCUCCACGAGCUCGACGGGGAAGAGGAACUCGGGGAAGGAAUCGGAUCGCGAGAUCAACGGACAACGACGGACGUUCGCGUCGGAAUGCGAGUCGAUCGACGACAGACGAGAUUCCCAAUCCAUUUGGAAUCCACCGCGAAGACAUUAUUACACGCAUACCGGCGGCGCAGAGAGCAGCUGCGAUCCGAACGACGCAGAAACUACGAACAACUUGCCGGAGGAAACCAGCUUGGCCGACCUUUUAAGAGCUCUCACCGUUCUUCAUCGCGCGAGAAGCGUCGCCGCGUCCAACAGCAGCCGGACCUCGGUCGCCAACGCGGACCACCAUCCGACGUUUCUCCGACGCGAUCAACCUCGGAGAAAGAUGGGUAUCGCUUCUUCGACACCGCCGAAACUUCCCAGUUUGUUCACGUUAUUUUCACCUUCUUCCACGCCUACGUCGACGACUCGAGGUGACAACGAGAGCACGGCUACGCAAGAAUCUCGCUCGAACGAGAACAACAAGCCAGCCUCGUCUCGGAAUCGGCGAGAUUCGAGAAGAGGUUCGAGUUCGGUGUUCGUCGCACCCACGAGCACCAAGUCGAGAAGAUUUUCCUCGAGACCGGUAGCCACGCCCGUUGGUCCUCCGACGCCUCCGAAAAAUGACUCGCCGCACUUGUCGGAUUCGCGACGAACGCCACAGGUACGCAACAGAUCGUCGUCGUUUUUGUUCGAAUCGCCGAAAGAACCACUCGUCCGAACGGAGAGAGUGCCAGGCCGUUCAACGCCGAUAAAGAAAUCAUCGUGCCCGAACGAUCGACGUUUCUCGUUGCGACCUACCCAAAGUCCAAACAUCGCAUCUUCGUCGAAGGCUACACCUCGUUGGAAAGCCGGCAUGCCGCAACGACAAAUCGGUCAAACGAAUCCUCGACGUCGAGCCAGAGCCUUCAGUUUGAGCGACGUUCACGCCGAAGAUCCGAAAGAGAGAACGACAAGCGAACGACAACCACCUUUCGAUCCGUCGUCCGAUAUUCGCGACAAACGCGGUGACGGCAACGCGAAAGACCGCCGCAGAGACAACGUUUCCCCAAACGAGUCCGAGGAUUCGAGAAACAACGACGAAUCUGCGAGAAAUUCCACCUUUGUCGAAAAUUCCGAUCCGACAGUUCCGUUUUCGACACUCGGCCGAGAAAGCGCCGCUCGCGCGACAAAUUCCGUUCGGCUCGAAGAAAAAACCGCGCAAAUCGUCGAGCCAGACGACACGAGCGAAUCGAUCGCAGACGCAAUCGUCGCAAAGACCGCAAGUAUCGGUAUCGAUCGUUCGAACGAACGUGCGUUUCGUCCCCGUCGGUCAGGCGACGACAGACACGGAGAAGAAGAAUUCGUUUCGUCCGAUACGAAGGAACAAACAUGGUCGAAGGAUUUUUCCACCGCUGUCGACUUUGCUCCCGACUGCAACGUACUCGUCGACGUCGACGCGAAAUCGCAGGAAUCGUUGACGGAAGUAAAAAUAGAAAAUCCCGGUACGAACGGUCGUUCUCGCUACGAAUACCUCGACCUCGGUAGUUCGCGUUUUCACUCCUCUCCGGUUCAACCUUGUCUCGAGAACGUUGAAGAUUCGCUCGACACCCAACGACAGACCGACGCAGGGAAUCGACUUGUUCCUGUUGUCGAACAUUCCGACCAAAUUGUCGUAACGACCACCGCCCGCAACGCUGCCAACGCCAACGUCGUCACCUGCGGGAAAAGAAAAAAAACGAAACGAAACGAAACGAGACUGCGUUUUCAAGCGAGAAACUCCGACAAACUCACCGGUCAGUAUCGCCUCGAAUAUCACACCCGUGUAAUAAUCGAGCCCCCUGGCAAGACUGAGAUCGAAAAUUAUCUCGUCCGCGACUCGCAGCAGGUCGCAGUACUGGAACAACAAUUCCACGGAUUCCAGCCCUUUUACCGCGGACUCGUAUCUCGUCAGUCGGUCGUCGGCCCUCAAUUUCGAGAUCAAUUCCGUUCCACCGGACUGCGAGACGUAAGCGCCAAUUUCGUCGGCGCUGGAUUCGUCGAGGCCUUUCUCCUCGAUCAUCUCCCUUCUGACUUCGGACCAGGGAUUCUUAUCCAACUUGUCGACGGCUGA